AUGGGCCUCUUCGAGAGCGUCAUCAGCUCUGCAGCGGAUAUAUUCCGAGGCGCAGACGACCAAUCCGUCCGCAAACUCAUCGAAACGGUCUUUGAGCGUAUCAAGCGCUCGCCGGACCUCAUCAGGCCUACUCUCCUUCUCGAGACUGCGAAAAGCUUGACAUACUCUGUCCUGGGAGGCGUAUUUGGGGCGGUGGGGAGCGUCUCGAGUAUAAGGGAGGCCGUGUUCCGGAAUGAAAUCAAUGCGACAACCUUGAUCCUGAUCAGAGACCAAGCUGGGGAGCUCGCCAAGUUUGUACUUGACCUUGUGGAGGCUUCAAAGUGCUACUACCUGGCAAACGGAAGGAAGCGCGGCGAAGACGACGAGGGCAAUGGGAACGAUGAGCAUGUGCUGUAUGCUGAGUUCAACGAACUUGACUUUUCUCGGUUCAGAAACCAGCAUGCUGUGAUAUGCCAGAUUCAAAGAUUGGCAUUGUCAAUCGUAUAUAUCCUUCAGCAUCUGUUCAAACCGGUGGCGUUCAGGGAUAUCGACAUGAGUGGUCAGACCAUGCUUCAGAGCGACCUGGGUAUAGGGCUCCGGAAAACGUACAAUACAGGAGCGGACGUGCAGCUGGAUGUGGAACCCGACGACACGAAGGACCUUGACAAGAAAAAGCUCAAGCCAACUGCGAGAGCACGUGUCGACCACAAAGAAGAGAAAUGGCUAUUCGUCAAUGGAAUUGGCGGAGAGCUCUUUUGGCUUCAGCUUGCCUGCGAUAGACUGAGAGCUGCGUUCUAUAGGGAGGUCACUGGCGUUUUCAACAGGGGCGACGGCCUUCUCUGGGAUCUGAUCGAGUGCGCAGGGCAAAGAAGCUCAUACGUGCAGGAUCCUGGCGCGGGCAGCGCAACGCCGAGUACUGGCACUGAUGGAGUGGUAGAAGGCCAGGGGACUUUGAUCGAAAGCACGCAAAGCAGCCAACAAGCUCAAGAGCUCCUUCGUGAGGAGCUUCGAAAGAGACUGACCAACGAUGCUGCUGAGCAGAACCCGCACAUCAUUAUGAUUGCCCAUUCUCAGGGCUGUCUUCUCCUUCGUCGUGUUCUGGAGGACUUGGUAGCUUCUGCGACAACGGACCCCAGUCUCAGUCAUACAAUGCGAACUCGUCUCUGUGUCUUCACCUUUGCAAGUCCGAGUCUGCACUGGAAAACCCAAAAGAGCCAUCCUAGUCCGCCCCACGAUCUUGACGGGACAUACCUCAGUUCACAUGUCCUUCGAACCGAGCAUUUCGCCAACAGGCGGGACUUCGUAGCACAGCUCGGAGUCUUGAGCAGGGAUAGCGACUAUGGGCUGGACGAUGUCUUCAUCAAUGAGGGCGAGGACUGGAUUGGCCAUUUCUUUGGUACACAGUACGGCUUUGAUCCUGACCUUUACCAAAAUUCUAACCAUCAUCGUUCUUGGCUGUUGGGGUGUCGGUUUGGAACGAAAAUGUCGAGCUUUAGUGGCAGUUAG